UAUGUGAAGGCUUGGUUACAUUUCAGGCAAGAUGGCGGAUCCGUCUUGUAAUGUCCGUAGCAGUUAUUUGGGUUUCUAGUUUUUGACGAAGGUCGUAGUAUCUAUGUUUUGUUAUGGAUCUAAUUUACAGCACUGUCUGGGACACAGUUAAACCAACGAGAAGCGAGUUAUGUGGGAAGGUUGCACUGUGCUGGUCAUGUAGAAACCUUAUUGCUUUCACAACUGGUCAUAGAAAGAUCUAUAAGCAAGCAAAGAGUAAAGACAAGACAGAAAAGCAGCAUUUCUGCAAUGCAAUUCACAUUGUGGACCCUGAUAAACCAUGGGAUGUAUACAGUUUUGAGUCGGAUCAUGAGCACCUGAUCCAGCAUCUGCUGUGGGACGGAACAGGCUCCAGGCUGCUGUCCGUGGAUGAAAGUGGAAUGUGCCGACUCUGGGCCAUGAAGGAUUACCUUCUAAAUGAUUGGUACCAGGUGGCAGAGGCAGAUGUCGGUGAAGGGGAAAGUCUCGUGUGUAUUUCUUGGAUUGAUAGUGGGCUCAAGGUUCAUUUUAUUGAGGAACAGCAUGCAACAAGCAAAAGGUUUGAGGAUCAUUUCAAGCCAAGUCUCAACAAGCCUCCAUUCACUGAGUUCGGGGGAAAAGCCCAAGAUGGAUGGAUAUCUAUCUCAGAAACUGGACUGAUUUGUGUCACAAAGCUAAAACCCAAGACUCAGAUAACAAGGAAACAACUUGCACCUGUCAGAAGCCACGUGGCUGUGUCUGACCUUGCAUACACCAGCAAUGGUAAAGUGAUAGUUGCUACCAACAAUGGAGAUAAAUCCACAUCUGUCCAGUUUUACAGAGUUCAACUGAAGACAGGGCCAAAGCAUUCCUGUCACAUAGAAUCUGUCCCUCUGCCAUGCCUUUUCCCUCACUCAAGAGAUGAACUUGAAAAUUUUGCUGAUUAUGCUGUCACUGAUAUACAGUUUCUGUUAAAAAAUUCUGGUGAAUAUGUUCUGGUCUGCACUACAGGGCCAUUUGGUAGCUGCAUCAAACGAUGGGACAUGAAAAAAGAAGGAAUUCAACUCCACCAGAAAUUCCAAAACUUCCAGUGCAGAGCUUGCACCCAACCACAAACAUUUAGAUGGUCCUGUGUUGCUACCUAUAUAGAUGGGGCACAGAUGACAGCUUUAGCGUUGCCACGACUUCCCUGCAAGGUGGAUGACUACCCUGGCAUCACAUAUCCCAACAAGUCCCUUGCCGUUGGCCUGGACAAUGAAAAGAUACAAGUGCUCAAGAUAGAGGCCAAGGCUGAACGACGCUACCUGUUGCCUGUCGGUGCCUUCCACCUGCAAACAAAGCUCCAACUUGACAGCGAACAAGCACACAAGAAGACAGCUAGUGCACCCUACUCCACCUCUCAACAUGGAACAGGUGUCAUGGCUGCCUUGUGGUUCUCCCCGGCUUGCACAUGCCUCGCGGGCGUCACCACCACUGGCCAUCUCUCACUCUUUAAGUUUCAGCAUGCAACAGAGGUUGUUGAUAGAGCUCGAUUCAAGAGGAAUCUUGUGGAUUUGUUUGAGUAUUGCUUGAUAACGGGUUGGGACUGGUGGGACGUUUUGAUUGCUGCCCAUAUAGGAGCACCUCAAGACACUAUCGAUGGAGUGCUGAAGCAGCUCUUGGAUGAGUUGAGUUACCAACACCCAAUCAGCCAGCACAUGAUGGUGGCCAAGACAACAGCACUCAAGGCCAGUCUGUACAGAUGUACCAAGGAUGGUUCAGGUCAAGCUAUGGACUGCUAUGCUACACAGUUUCUCUUUGCUGUUGCACUUGCCUUAAGAUCCCUGCCUUACUGUUCUCAAUCAAACAUGGAAUUCCUUACGAAGACUUGUUCACGGGCUCAGGCGGAUGCUGAUAUUGACAAGGUCAUUGCAGGCUUGGAGAGCGAACAAUACUCUGUAGACCCUGAAACUCUGACUGCAAUGCAUUCGUUAAUAAAGUGGAUAGCUGACCUGGCAAUGUUCAUAGUGGCUGCAUUCACCACAAGACACACAAAGGGCUCCGUGCCUGGCGUGAGCCUUGGGCGAAACGCAGAAGUACUCGGCAUUAUCCGUGAGAUGCUGGUGCUAAUCCGUAUAUGGGGUGUGGCAACGCCUUCAAUCGUACCCUCCAUCACUCCUUCAGCAGAUAAGAAAGACUCACUCGCCCUCCUAUUCACCAUCAUCACAAAAAUGUGGCAUCACAGCAAGUCUACAGAAAGCCAAGAGAUCGAGGAACGCCUGGCAGUGGAAGCUUCGCCAUUACUGCCCAACCAGCUGUUCCUUCAAAACAUGAAGGCACCAACUCUGAACCGAGGCAUCUCUGGUAAGCCGGUCAGCGGUCAGGUGAAGCCAGCCUUGUACCAGUUCAAUGUAUCUCCUACUGGGCCCAGUGUGUGUCAUAGCUACAACCCAUUCGCGUCCGCCAUCUUGCCUGUGGUCCCCGACAGUCCAUACUUCUUGGACGUGGUUGGCCGAGUCUUUAUAGACAGCAGUCCGAAUGUACAGCUCAAGCAAUGUACCAGGUGCAGCUGUGUAUCACAGCUCAGAGGCAGCGGGACCAACCUCGCAAUGAAAACAUGGGACCAGCGAUGGGUGAGAUCCUGUGUAUGCGGCGGCACCUGGAAAAGGUACACUGCGCCACAACCCUGAACCCUGUCUACGGGAUUCAGUACAUCAUACGCAAGACCCCUGAAUCGUAUACGGGAUGUAGUACGCAUGCAAGAACCCCGAAACACCUUCUACGGGAUUUAGUACGUCGCGCAAGAGCACUGAACUGUCUACGGGAUUUAGUACUCGGAAAAGCCCUGGACCACCCUCUACGGGAUUUAGUACAUCACGCAAGAACCCUGAAGUUUUUGUGGGAUUUAGUACAUCCGGACUAGGUGCUUAAGUGGGGACUGGUUGCGUUGUUUCAUUAGAUAUUCCAAGAAAAAUCAACGUAAAGAGAGCAGCUUUUAGCUUUUCGUUGUAUAUUCUCGAAACAACCAAAUCUGAGAUUUGCUCUUACCAUUAAAAAUAUUCAUACAA